AUGACAAAUUUUAAGACCCCCAUAGUCCUGGACACAGGGUCCGGUCUGAUGAAAGCAGGAUUCGCAGAUCAAGACCUCCCAAACAUUAUAUUCCCAACAAUUAUCGGGCAGCCAAAAUAUGAGGAAAUAAUGAACGGUAACAUUGAGAGGGAGACCUACAUUGGUCAUGAAGCCCAACACAUGAGAGGGGUCCUGACUCUGAAGCAUCCCAUAAAGAACGGGGUCAUUCGUAACUGGGAUGAUAUGGAAAGGAUUUGGCAUCACACAUUCCAGCAGCUGUGCGUGGAGCCAGAGGAUCACCCCGUGCUCCUGACGGAGGCUGCCAUGAACCCCCUGGAGAACCGGCAGCGCAUGGUGGAGAUCAUGUUUGAGAGUUUCUGCGUUCCCUUCACCUACGUGGCCAUGCAGGCGGUGCUGGCUCUCUACGCAGCAGGAAGAUGCACUGGUGUGGUGUUUGACUCUGGAGAUGGAGUGAGCCACAGUGUGCCUGUGUUUGAGGGAUACUGUCUACCUCAUGCAGUGCAGCGCUUCCCUCUGGCUGGACUAGAUGUUACCAUGCAUCUGAAAAGGCUGCUGCAGGAUCAGGGAGUGUCCAUGCGCACCACAGCAGAGAUGGAGAUAGUGAGGGAGAUGAAGGAGAGGUGCUGCUGCGUGGCUCCAGACUACACAGCUGAGCUGAGUGAGGGGGGGCCGUCCUGCAGGGAGAUGCAUUACACCAUGCCAGACGGACAGAUCGUCACCCUCAGCACAGAGCGCUUCAGGGCUCCUGAGAUUCUGUUUAAACCCGAGCUGAUUGGACGGGACCACUACGGGAUGCACGAGAGCGUCUUCAAGUCAAUCCUCAGCUCAGACAUUGACCUGAGGCGCUGCUUCCUGGGAAACAUCGUGCUCUCAGGCGGGAACACUCUGCUUGCCGGCCUGCCAGACCGACUCCAGGCUGAAAUCAGAAGUAUGGUGCAGGUGGACAUGAGGGAGAGCGUCCGCGUCACCAGCCCCAAAGACAGAGACUUCUCAGUGUGGAGCGGCGGAGCAGUGCUGGCUAACCUGCCCACCUUCAGCUCGGCGUGGAUCGGUCAGGAAGAGUACGAGGAGUUCGGACCGCAGAUCGUCUUCAGGAAAUGCUUCUGA